CCUCUUUUGAUUGUUUUCCCUGGGGUAUCCAGCUUUCCGCGUUAUUUAUCUGUUCACGGAAGAGAACUUCAUGAUGUCGAAGCCAGGGCAGUUUCGAGCCGAUCUUCCCGAGCUUGCUCGGCAUUUGCUCACCAACGGCCCUCACAAGAGCCAACCCACUUCUCGGCGCGUCCGUGUCAUACUCAACCGCACGUACAUUGUCGACACCACCAAGGCGAUCCACGUCUGGGAGCAUGUUGCCUACCCUCAGUACUAUGUGCCCACGUCGGAGCUCCGAAACUGCAGCUGGGAGGACAAGCAAGACAUCCCGUCGCCGAAGGAUGCCUCGGCCGUGGCGGCACAUGUCGUCCAAGUCACCAUCCCUGGCAAGAACGGCAGCGAGAGCGUCGCGACCGACCGCGCCUUGAGGUUCUCCGAAGACGGGGAGCUCGGCGGCGUGCUGAGGGGCAUGGUACGACUGGAGUUCGGCAGCAUGGAUGGAUGGCUGGAAGAGGAAACGCCCAUCUACGUCCACCCCAAAGACCCCUUCAAGCGCAUCGAGGUCCUCCCGUCCUCGCGGCCGGUCGAGGUCAGGGUGGCCGGGAAGACCGUCGCCAAGACCGACUUCGCCGUCCACUUGUUGGAGACGGGCCUGCCCACGAGAUACUACCUUCCGUUGGCAUCGGUCGACCAGGCGGCGCUCCGCAAGAGCGAGCUCGUCACGCAAUGCCCUUACAAGGGCGAUGCCGAGUACUACCAUGUCGUAGUCGACGGCGAGGAGCACAGGGACUUGAUCUGGUACUACAGGCUCCCGACCCACGAGAGCGCGGGCAUAGCCGGUCUGUUGUGCUUUUACAACGAGAAGGUCGACAUUAUCUUGGAUGGUGAGCUCUUGGAGAGGCCUACAACCUUCUUUUCAUAGAUGGCGUUUUCAGGGGGGAAGGGAGCUUGAGUUGUAAUAAAAGGGGACGUUGUCGUGCCGGGAACAACUGGGCUGCGCUUUUUGAGAGCAGAACCCGAGUCUUACGGAACAGCACACGGACACAUGGCUUGAGUCGUCCGACCAGCCGGUAAUCAUUCUGAUUUUGUCUCAUUGAUUCUUGUAUUUCGGAUCUCAGACAGUCCAAGUCUUUACAUGCUGCUCAGCUCGUAGGCCGUCGGGAGCCGCCCGCCGGACAUGUAGUCUGAUCACGCAGCAUGCAUUUACAGUUCCAAGAUCGCACAUCAGGAUGAUCCCAACCCGAAAUACUUGGUGUCCGAGACCCACGGAUGAAGUCCCAAUAUUUCAGCGUCGUCCUCUGAUGGACAAGGGGCACAGACGGCAGCUCUUGCUUCGUUUUCAACCUCAAGAAUCCGAGAGGAAGUGUCGUGAUUCGCCGUGGUGUUUCCAUCUUGGUGCUGUGAGAUUCGACUCCGGUGAAUAGUACCAACACAUGUGGUGUGCAAUGCGGAAUAGUGGUACGCUCAGGUCUAUUAGGUUACGUCGCAGUAUCUUUUGCGACUUCUCAUGCAGUCGGACCGUGUGUCCCGACUGGCCUGCCUAGCGGUGUUGCGAGUUGAUGGCACGUCGCCACUGUUAAACGCUUCUCACGACACGGGAAAAGCCAGUGACCUGGAUCUACUCAACUUUGACCCGCUGAAUGGAAGAAAUGAUACCCUAUGAGGCCCGAGUAAAGUGUGACUAGAAUGACACUUGGCUUCUUAUUGCCU